CCUCAGGAACAUUCUAAUGCAUUGACCAGUGGGAAUUUGGGGAUAAUACCUGGGCUUCAACCACUUACUAGCAAAUUGCUGUUGGGAUGAAGCUUUGUAGCUUUGGAGUCCUGGUAGCCAUCUUCCUCUUGUGUGAGCAGCAUGUCUUCGCUUUUCAGAGUGGCCAGGUUUUAUCUGCUCUUCCUAGAACCUCCAGGCAAGUUCAGAUUCUGCAGAAUCUUACUACAACAUUCGAGAUUGUUCUCUGGCAGCCAGUAACAGCUGAAUUUAUUAAGAAGCAGAAAGAAGUCCAUUUUUUUGUGAAUAAGUCUGAUGUAAACAAUGUGAAAGCCCAUUUACAUGACAGUACAAUUCAAUUCAGAAUCUUGGUGGAAGAAGUGAAAGAUCUUAUCAAACAGCAAACUCUCAAUGACACGGUCACCCCCCGGACUUCCUCCUCAUACUAUGAACGGUAUCACCCACUAAAUGAAAUCUACUUUUGGAUGGAAGCCAUAACUAAGAACUAUCCUGAAAUGGUUGAAAAAAUCCACAUUGGAUCCUCAUACGAGAAGUACCCACUUUAUGUUUUAAAGGUUUCUAGAAAAGAACAAACAGCCAAAAAUGCCAUAUGGAUCGACUGUGGCAUCCAUGCCAGAGAAUGGAUCUCUCCUGCUUUCUGCUUGUGGUUCAUAGACCAUGUAACUCAAUCAUAUGGGAAAGAAACGCCAUACACUGAUCUUCUGAUGCACGUGGAUUUCUAUGUGAUGCCAGUAGUUAAUGUGGAUGGUUAUGACUUUACAUGGAAAAAGAAUCGAAUGUGGAGAAAGAACCGGUCCUUGCAUGAAAAUAAUCGUUGCAUCGGAACAGACCUCAACAGGAACUUUGCUUCCAAACACUGGUGUGGGGAAGGUGCAUCAAGUUUCUCAUGCUCAGAAACCUACUGUGGCCUGUACCCUGAAUCAGAACCAGAAGUGAGGGCAAUGGCUAAUUUCUUGAGAAAAAACAUCAACCAUAUUAAGGCUUACAUCAGUAUGCAUUCAUACUCCCAGCAGAUACUGUUUCCAUAUUCCUAUAAUCGAAGCAAAAGCAAAGACCAUGAGGAACUGUCCCUAGUGGCCAGUGAAGCAGCCCGUGCUAUUGAGACUACUAAUAAAAAUAUCAGAUACACUCAUGGCAGUGGUUCAGAAACUUUAUACCUAGCUCCUGGAGGUUCAGAUGACUGGAUCUAUGACUUGGGCAUAAAAUAUUCGUUUACAAUUGAACUUCGAGAUAAAGGCAGAUACGGAUUCUUGCUGCCAGAGCGUUACAUCAAGCCCACUUGUAGAGAAGCUUUCGCCGCUAUCUCUAAAAUAGUUGGGCAUGUCAUCAAGAAUGUUUAAUGUCGUUAAUUUUUUCACUCUUCUCCCAUAUUUUAGUUUACUGGUUCCAACAGGACCAAAUCAUUGUACCCGUUCUUCUGAAAUUUGAUCAGUAGUUUUGAGAAAAGGUUU